AUGAAUAGCGAAUUUGUUCGGGCAAUCGCUGAAGACUUGUUUAGAAUCCCGUCAAAAAUUUUGAAACAGUCUACUAGCGCUCCUAAUGGUAGCAGCAAUAAGGAGCUAGAAAAUGUUUUCGAGCAGAUCGCCAGCGUAGUCAAGAAUAACCAGUCCACAGUGGUGAGUAAGCUUGACCAGUUUUCCAGCUCUGCAGCCCAUGCUUUGGUGGCUAUUUUUCAACGACAUCCGCUUUUCAUUGAUUACUUGACAUUGACAGGGCUUGCAACCGCUUUGGUUGUUGUUGGCAGUUUUGCCUCCAUUAGAAGCAUUCCAUACACCGCUCUACCGCCAACUCAAGUACAUCCCUCGUUUGAUCCGUCCGACUACGACUUGGACCAUGAGUGCCAAAUAAUCUACGCGGAUGAGAAGCAAAAAUGGACGGAUAAGCUUGAUGAAAGGCAGGCAAUCGUUCUGCCUUUGACGAGUGCCGUCUUAUUAUUAGCCUUAUACGUGAUUAUUACGAAACUGAAGGUGGAGUGGAAGAUCUAUCUUUUGAAGCUGUUGAAUUUCAACAUCGUCCUGGUAACUUUCCCAGCGGGCCUCUUGGUUUACACUUAUUUUGCUAACUGCUUCACCAGGCAUCUCUCGAGAUUGGGAUCUUGGAAUCCUCUGAUGGUGUCUCCCCGAUUCAGGGUCACCAUUUCAGACGACAACGAGGCCGUCAACCGAGCAGGGUGGUUCGUUCAUAACUUCCAAUACCGCGAGGCCUUGACAGAUGAUCUUGGGUACGAGGGAGUUGUGGACAAAAUCAAGAACGAUCCCUGGGAGCGGCAAUUGUAUUCUCGUGAGUUGACCAAUCCCAGCGAUGUCAAAUCCAAUCGUCAGUUUGUCAACAUGUACCUUAACGGGAGCAUGCUGUUCUCUUGUAUCCUCUCAGCGGCUACCACAGCGCUCUACGUCUGCUUCCCGAACGAUUGGUUGAUAAGAAACAUGAUAAGCAUGAACUUAGCUGUUUGGGCAAUUUCCCAGAUGGAUUUGAAGAACCUGAAAUCGGGCGUCCUAGUUCUGGUCGCCCUGUUCUUCUACGAUGUCUAUUUCGUCUUUGGUACUAGAGUCAUGGUCACAGUAGCAACCAGUGUCGAUUUACCCAUCAAGCUCUCGCUACCAAGCAGAUUCAACACAGUGCUGAACAACUUUGAAUUCUCCAUUCUAGGUCUCGGCGAUAUAAUUCUGCCCGGUAUUUUCAUCGCACUCUGCUACAAGUAUGACAUAUGGAGAUGGCAUUACGUGAAUACAGAUACCGAGUUCCAUCUUCUGAACUGGCAUUACAUUGGAAGAUACUUCAUCACUGCGCUGCUGAGCUACAUCGUCGCGCUGGUAUCGUGCAUGUCGGCCCUCACGCUCUUUGGAGCCGCCCAACCAGCCCUUCUAUACAUCGUUCCCUUCUUACUGAUCUCAACCUUGACAAUGGCAUGGGCCAGCGGCGACCUGGGGCAGUUCUGGAGUUUCCAAUACGAUACCAUCGAGCUGGGUGAGAAUAAACUCUCCAACUCGGAUUCCGAGCCGCUAACCACCUAUUCCGACUACUUGCGAUCCGAUGAUCUGGACAACGAUGACAGCGAAGACUACACUAACCAGGAUGCCAUAAUGGACUACGAGAGUGACAACGACGAUGACGACGAUAGCGACAAUGACUGCUCUCAAGAAACCAUUCCCGAAUACAAGCCUACAGACUUAUUGCGUCUUCUGGACGACGCCGCUGGGUCUUCCGACGCUGAGGAUGCGGAUUUUGUCCUGCAAGAUGACGACGACGUCAGCGACUCCGACACAAUUGUUCUUGAUGAAGAGGAGAAUGAAUUGGCUUGA